AUGGAGCUAAAAUUAUUAUUUCUUCUGAUGACAUCAUUGGUAACUCUCUCCUCGUCAAGUUCUAUAUCGGAUAGUGUGUUGGAAUCUCAAACAUCAGUUACUGAAAGGAGCGUACUUCAUACCAAAAAAAAAUGUGAGGUGAACUUCGAAUAUAUGAACUACACAGCCAUGACAAAACGGUGCAAAGGUCCGGCGUUUCCAGCGAAAGAAUGUUGCUUGGCGUUUAAAGAGUUUGCAUGUCCGUACGCGAAUCAAAUCAAUGAUAUGAAUAGUGACUGUGCAAAGACAAUGUUCAGUUACAUGAACAUUUAUGGAAACUAUCCUACUGGGCUUUUUGCUAACGAGGCAAAGUGCAAAGAAACGAAAGAUGGACUUGUUUGCCCUCCUCCACCUCUUAGUUCACUAAGCCUAAACGCCUCAACCGCUGAUUCGACUGCUCCUAGGCUCAUCACACUUUUGAUCUCUGCUACGACCACUGUUUUGGCAUUUCUAGCGUUGGCUUGAUGCAACACUCCCAUAAAGUAAUAUUUUGUUUUCCCUUAAUAAUUAGUUAAGUACUUGUAA